CCGCGACUGGAGAACACGUCAACCUUGGAGAGUCAUCGCUGUACUACGAUGCCUUGACAAUGUCGCCUUUGAGUCCAUUUUCGGCGGUACGUCUCCCCGGCGAUUGACCUCCGAGUAACUCUAUCCCGCCAGCGCUUGCUUCUUCAUGACUCAAUCCUCGGUUAUACUCCCGAGGCUUUCUCCAUCCGUCACACGCCAUGCCUGCCACACACAGACUGAUUACUCAACAUCGCAGGCUGCCAUCGCCCGGUUCCGUACCUACAAGCCCCCAGCAUUCCCGCUCUGGGACCGUCUGCCGGUUCGCAAGCGGGCCGCUGUACUGAUCUUGCUGUAUGCGGACCGCCGGGGUGACUUGCGUGUGGUUAUCACCAUGCGAGCCGCGAGCUUGAGGAGCUUCUCAGGCCACGCGGCGUUCCCCGGAGGAAAGGCAGACAGUACCGAGGAAACAGUUUUUCAGAUAGCUCGGCGUGAGGCGUGGGAGGAGAUCGGCCUCCCCAUGGACGACCGCAAGCUCCCGAAGCCAUUCCGUAUCGAGCAUCUCUGCUGUCUGCCUCCAUCCCUCGCCCGGACGCACCUCGUCGUGCGGCCAUGUGUCGCAUUCCUCCAUGCAGAGCAAUCGCCCGGGUCUCCCGCGGCUGUGGUUGAGGAUGUCAUGAUCCCCAAGCUCGACGCCCGCGAAGUCGCCGCCGUCUUCAGCGCGCCGUUCUACAACUUCCUCAAGUCAACGGAUCUGCCUCCUGCGCCGGGUGAGACGCUGCCUGAGGGCCACUGGUACGACGGCAACUGGAUAUCGUGGAAGGACUACCCGUGGCGAGUGCACAACUUCUAUGUGCCCGUUAACAAUCAAACUGUGUCUAAGCCACGGCAUCACUGCGACCAGAGUAACUUGGCAGAGAAGCUCAAAGAGGAAGAGGAGCGUGAUGGCCGGUUCAAGGUAUGGGGGAUGACGGCACGCGUGCUGGUGGAUGCUGCUCGGAUUGGAUAUGCUGAGGAGCCCGAGAUGGAGCACAACGACAAUUACGGAGAUGAUGACAUCAUCAUGGAGGCGGAUCGAGAGGGCAAUCUGACUGAUGUAGCCCAGGAGAAGAAGGAGAACGGGGAUGCAUCAAAGAUGUAGAGGGUUUAGAUACUUGCGAGUGGAAACAAGGCGUUGAAGGCAUGGGUUUGGAUGUGCCAAAUGGGGCUGAGGAGUCGUAAAGAUUCAUAGAGCGUAUAGUCAUGUUGUUCCUUUUCUUUAUUCAACAUGGGCAAUCCAAAGUCGUAGAAUAGCGGAUGUCUCAUAUCUAGAGGACACCACAAGAGGACAUUACAGAGGCUCGCAAUAUUAUCCAAUCGACCCACUUGUGCACAUGACAGCAUCAUACUUGAUUAAUGGCAAGCAUUGUCCUUGGUGGCUGACGUCUUCUGUCCAAAGGUAACAUAACCAAUAAAAGCACCCAGCGUUACAGCAAUCAUGACCCAUCCGUUGUAGGUCAUGAAGACGAGCCUGUGUGUAUUU